CCCCUCCCGCUGCUGCCGGCUCUCUCUCCGGCCCCGCGGUGCGGUGCGCGCCUGCGCUGGCCCUCGACUCGGAGCAGCCAUGAUGGAAGGCCUGGACGACGGCCCCGACUUCCUCUCGGAGGAGGACCGCGGACUUAAAGCAAUAAAUGUAGAUCUUCAAAGUGAUGCUGCUCUGCAAGUGGACAUUUCUGAUGCUCUGAGUGAGAGAGAUAAAGUAAAAUUCACUGUUCACACAAAGAGUUCGUUGCCAAAUUUUAAACAAAAUGAGUUUUCUGUUGUUCGACAACAUGAAGAAUUUAUCUGGCUUCAUGAUUCCUUCGUUGAAAAUGAAGACUAUGCAGGUUAUAUUAUCCCACCAGCACCACCAAGACCUGACUUUGAUGCUUCAAGGGAAAAACUACAGAAGCUUGGAGAAGGAGAAGGGUCCAUGACAAAGGAAGAAUUCACAAAGAUGAAACAGGAACUGGAAGCUGAAUAUUUGGCAAUAUUCAAGAAGACUGUUGCAAUGCAUGAAGUGUUCCUAUGUCGUGUGGCAGCACAUCCUAUUUUGAGAAAAGACUUAAAUUUCCAUGUCUUCUUGGAAUAUAAUCAAGAUCUGAGUGUGAGAGGAAAAAAUAAAAAAGAAAAACUUGAAGAUUUCUUUAAAAACAUGGUUAAAUCAGCAGAUGGAGUAAUUGUUUCAGGAGUAAAGGACGUAGAUGAUUUCUUUGAGCAUGAACGAACAUUUCUUUUAGAAUAUCAUAACCGAGUUAAGGAUGCAUCUGCUAAAUCUGAUAGGAUGACAAGAUCCCACAAAAGUGCUGCAGAUGAUUACAAUAGGAUUGGUUCUUCGCUAUAUGCUUUAGGAACUCAGGAUUCUACAGAUAUAUGCAAGUUUUUUCUCAAAGUUUCAGAACUAUUUGAUAAAACCAGAAAAAUAGAAGCACGAGUGUCUGCUGAUGAGGACCUCAAACUUUCUGACCUUUUAAAAUAUUACUUAAGGGAAUCUCAAGCUGCUAAGGUAACUUGACUGUUCACUGUUUUUUAAAAAGGACUGUUUUAUUAAAAGCCAUCUCUUUAGAAGUUAGAUUUAAGGUUAUUAAAAAUUAUUUGUUGAUUUUAAAUUAUAUUCUCAAGUGUUAAUUUUUUUCUCCUUUUAUAAAUUGUAGGUCAGGGAACCCCACAUAAAUGUUUCCUCUAUUGGGGUGCCUGACUGGCUCAGUUGGUAGAGCAUGCAACUCUAAAUGUUGGGGUCAUGACUUCAUGCCCCGUGUUGGGCCUAGUGCUUAUUUAAAAGAAUAAAAACUUGGGGCACUUGGGUGGCUCUGUCAGUUAUGCAUCCGGCUUUGGCUCAGGUCAUGAUCUUGUGGUUCAUGAGUUCGAGCCCCACAUUAGGCUCUGCGCUGACAGCUUGGAGCCUGGAACCUGCCUCGGAUUCUGUGUCUCCCUUUCUCUCUGUCCUUUCCCGGCUUGUGCACACAUGUGCUCUCUCACUCUGUCUCUCAAAAAAUAAACAUUUUUUUAAA